UUGAUGUCCUCCCCUGAGCCACUGGCAGGGACAGGAAGACUCAGGAAAACAGACAAACGUUACAAGACGCCGCACAAUUCUGAAACAUGGUGCAGUUGGUACAGGGCAUUCCCGUAGGGAGGCCCAGGGUCCUUCAAUGGCCGUGACCUAGCUCUGUCCUUGACAGCCGGCCCAGCCACCCAGAACUGCCUGCCACUCACCCGCCCCUGCUUUUUCACUUUCCUUCCCGGGCCUGACCCCCUGCGAAGUCUGGGGCGGGGGUAAUGGACCCAGGGACACUCAGCCGCUGCCGGCUCCCAGGCUCCAGCAGCAGCUCCCGGCUGCCCCCAGGUCCCCACCUCCACUCUCCCCACCCCCCCUGCCCACUCCCACCGAGGGCCGCGGCUCCUGGUUGUCCGUGCCGCUGCGAGGCCUGCACCUCACAGGGCUGAAGUCCAAAGUUCAGUGCCUUCGCUAAGCACACGGAUAAAUAUGAACCUUGGAGAAUUUCCCCAGCUCCAAUGUAAACAGCAGGCAGGGGCCUGAUUCACUGGCCGCUGGGGCCAGGAUUGGGGGGUGGGGGUGUCCACAAGGCUUGACUGGUGGGGUUUGGGGGGGCGUGGGUGCCAGGAACCCUGGGCUCGUGGCUGCUGCCCGGUGAGCACCAAGCAGCCCUGUGCAGUGGGGGAGGAGGCGGCGGCAGCCGGCUCGGUGGCCCUGGGCCGCGUGGCCCGGUGGUGGCAGUGGCGGCGGCAGAGGAGCCAUGGUUUCUAAGCUGAGCCAGCUGCAGACGGAGCUCCUGGCGGCCUUGCUUGAGUCGGGCCUGAGCAAAGAGGCGUUGAUCCAGGCCUUGGGUGAGCCGGGACCCUACCUGGUGGCUAGCGAGGCCCCCCUGGACAAGGGGGAGCUGGCCGAGGCGCCCAAUGGGCUCGGUGAGACACGGGGCUCGGAGGAGGAGACGGACGACGAUGGCGAGGACUUCACGCCGCCCAUCCUCAAGGAACUGGAGAACUUGAGCCCUGAGGAGGCAGCCCACCAGAAGGCCGUGGUGGAGACCCUGCUGCAGGAGGACCCAUGGCGCGUGGCCAAGAUGGUCAAGUCCUACCUGCAGCAGCACAACAUCCCGCAGCGGGAGGUGGUCGACACCACCGGCCUCAACCAGUCCCACCUGUCCCAGCACCUCAACAAGGGCACCCCUAUGAAGACACAGAAGCGAGCGGCUCUGUACACCUGGUACGUCCGCAAGCAGCGAGAGGUGGCCCAGCAGUUCACCCACGCAGGGCAGGGAGGGCUGAUUGAGGAGCCCACGGGUGAUGAGCUGCCCACCAAGAAGGGGCGGAGGAACCGUUUCAAGUGGGGUCCUGCAUCGCAGCAGAUUCUGUUCCAGGCCUACGAACGGCAGAAGAACCCCAGCAAGGAGGAGCGGGAGACACUGGUGGAGGAGUGUAACAGGGCGGAGUGCAUCCAGAGGGGGGUGUCGCCCUCGCAGGCCCAGGGCCUGGGCUCCAACCUUGUCACAGAGGUACGGGUCUACAACUGGUUUGCCAACCGGCGCAAAGAAGAAGCUUUUCGGCAUAAACUGGCCAUGGACACGUACAGUGGGCCGCCACCGCCAGGGCCAGGGCCUGGGCCGGGGCCAGCACUGCCUGCCCACAGCUCCCCGGGCCUGCCCCCACCCGCACUCUCCCCCAGCAAGGUCCACGGCGUGCGCUACGGACAGCCUGCAACUAGUGAGGCUGCAGAGGUUCCUUCCAGCAGUGGGGCGCCCCUGGUGACAGUGUCUACACCCCUGCACCAAGUGUCCCCCACAGGCCUGGAGCCCAGCCACAGCCUGCUGAGCACCGAAGCUAAGCUGGUCUCAGCAGCCGGGGGCCCCCUACCCCCUGUCAGCACCCUGACAGCAUUGCACAGCCUGGAGCAGACGUCCCCAAGCCUCGGCCAGCAGCCCCAGAACCUCAUCAUGGCUUCCCUGCCCGGGGUCAUGACCAUAGGGCCCGGGGAGCCUGCCUCCCUAGGCCCCACGUUCACCAACACGGGUGCCUCCACCCUGGUCAUUGGCCUAGCCUCCACACAGGCGCAGAGUGUGCCGGUCAUCAACAGCAUGGGCAGCAGCCUGACCACCCUGCAGCCGGUACAGUUCUCCCAGCCGCUGCACCCUUCCUACCAGCAGCCGCUCAUGCCGCCGGUGCAGAGCCACGUGGCCCAGAGUCCCUUCAUGGCCACCAUGGCCCAGCUGCAGAGUCCCCACGCCCUCUACAGCCACAAGCCUGAGGUGGCCCAGUACACCCACACGGGGCUACUCCCCCAGACCAUGCUCAUCACAGAUACCACCAACCUGAGUGCCCUGGCCAGCCUCACGCCCACCAAGCAGGUCUUCACCUCUGACACAGAGGCCUCUAGUGAGUCUGGGUUGCACGCGCCGGCGUCCCCGGCCGCCACCAUCCACAUUCCCAGCCAGGACCCUGCUGGCAUUCAGCACCUGCAGCCCACCCACCGGCUCAGCAGCAGCCCCACUGUGUCCUCCAGCAGCCUGGUGCUAUACCAGAGUUCUGACUCCACCAACGGCCACAGCCACCUGCUGCCCUCCAACCAUGGCGUCAUAGAGACCUUCAUCUCCACGCAGAUGGCUUCCUCCUCCCAGUAACCAUGACAACUGCCACCCAGAGGCUGAGCCCUGGGACAGCACUGCCUGCUUAGGGCCCUUACAAAGGCUGCAGCCCGCAUGGCUUGCAGGGACCUCUGAACCUGUAACCCUUCUGCUGCUCCGGGAACCUGGGCCUUGGUCCCACCCUGCUCCUCAGCCAUCCAUCCCACAGGAAGGCCCAGAGGCACCCCAACCCGACAGCUGCUUCAGCUGAACCUGAGGGGGCUACUGGGAGCUGAGCUCAUUUCCUGGCACGAGGCGGAGCUGCUGUCACCGCCUCCGUGAUACCACUGUGCUACCUGGAUCACAAGGGG